CCUCGUCUCGGUGUGGGACUCGCGUGCAGCGAUAGCCCUGAGACGCGAGGACCUUGCCAGCGUGCGGCUCGCGAUCGGGGCGGCCGCGGCGUCGCGGUAGCAAAGGGUGCAAACUCGCGCUGCGACCGGUUCUGUGACGUCACGCUUCGCAGCGUUCGGCGGCGUGCGUUCACCGAUUUUUUUGGCUCUCCUGCUGUGUACACACACAGGCAACCCACGACGCAAGAGGGUUUAUGAAGAGGAGAAGAUACACACUGACAAGGACCACACCCGAACAAAAAAAGUUGUGUGUAGUGCUCUCGGGGUACGCAGCAGUUUCGCGAAUGCUGUCGGGGUGUCGGGAUAUUCCAGGUGCACCCACCCGCUAAUUCGCCAACAAGAAGAGAGGAAACUACAAAAAUCUUGCUGGCUCUCUCUUUUUUCCGGGAAACUGCUGUCCGAGAGCUGUUGGACACAGCAGCAGACUGCUGGUGGUGUACCGUGUCUUUCGAACAUGUGACGUAGACCAGUCUGUCUGCUCUAUCGGGGUACGGCAGUGGUGUGCUGUCGGGGUUGUCAGGUGCGCAACCGCAAAUAAAUGCAAAUAAUUGGAAAACUCGGUAGUCAACCUGUCUGGUGGCCUCCACCGAGGUUGGUUGCAUUUUGUCCGUACGUGCUGGCUCUUUUCAGUCUACUCCACAGCAGACGUGGCACAUCAACAUUGCACCCUUCAACCACGACCUCCCGUCCAGUACAGUACAUACAGUAGCAGCAGAACAUCGGCAGGGUACAGGCGUAGUCUCCAGAGCGCUGUCGGCGUUGCCGGGAAUGCGCGCAUCCUUCUUUUCUCUUUGUUGUGGGUAAGCUUUGCUGGCUCUUCUUUCGCUGGCUCUCUUUUUCGGGAAAACUUUUCCUACUUUUGCUACUACUGUAAUCGUUUUACUACACAACACACACACGCGCUGACUACAUCCGCCAGCUACACAGCUAGCUGUAGAACAUGGGAUACUUCAACCACGGCCUUUCCCGCUAAUUUGGCGGUGGAGAAACGGCGAAAUUGCGGGUUGUUUUUGUCAGAAACCCCCCGCCAGCUCGAUUUGUUCGUGCCCCCGCUCUCCCGCCACAUCCAACCACCUCCUCCUCCAUCUCGGAAACGACAAGGGCAUGUCUCGAUUCUUCAAAGACAACUCCCCUGCCAAGAAAGCCAAGCCCGAACAGACCUCUGACGGUGCUGGUUCUGGCGGUUUCAAGACUGUUGGAGAGGUCUACCCCGGGCUCGUCUGCCCCCUGGACCAGAAGGUUCUCCUCAAGAAGUACACGAAGACCGGCCGCCCCUGGAUCGUGUGCUCUGGCAACGUCCAGAACGACCCGGACUCCUGUCAUUUUUCAGCCAACCUCUUCGGUCGGGACCGCGUCAAGGAAGGAGACAAGUCGAAGAUCGCCUGCCAGAUCUGCGACGUGCCAGCGGAGUUCACCCCGUCCAUCGGCGAGCCGACCGGCGAGAAGAACCCCCUGACGGGAAAGCCGGUCUUCGAGAACACGCACGUGUUCUUUCCCCACUGCUGGGGCAAGCAGACCGAAGAUCCUGUCUCCGGAAAGUCCCUGCUGGUCCACUGCACCGCCGCCACCGGCGCCGUCGUCGGGGUGGACCACCUGCAAGGCCUACGACCCGACAACGCCUUGCGACGACCUCAAGCUCGGCUGCACGGGUAACAUUAACGCGGGGGACAUCAUCAUCAGGUCCUGGGCCCUCAAAGACCCCCCUCAGGGUCUCCACGCCCGCUGCGCGAAACGGAAGCAUACCUCCCUGGUGAAAGAAAUCCUCGCCGCCAAGAAGUACCGCAAGGACUCCGGCACCAACGCCGAGGACGAGGCCAAGGCCCCGUCCGUGGAGGUCCCUGCCGACUUCGAAGACUUCUGAACGGUCUCACAAGCACCAUGACCGACUCUGCUUGGCAACACUUAAUCUCUGACGGCGAGAUUGCUCCAUUUCCUGUGGAGGAUGCACAACUCGCGGAGUCACAUUUCGACCGCUACGUCCAAGACCAAUGAUGGCUUUCGUUUCGUACGGAGCAAGACUAGCCUCGUGCCUUUCUUUCCUCCUUUCAGUGUGGACAUGCCUGAUAAGUAGUGUUCUUAUAGAGUUCCCACCGUAGAGUCUCAUAGACUAGAGAAAAGGUUUCCCACCGGCACAUUCCUGCAUACCAUUGCGGACUUCUCUGGGUGUUUUCAUAUGUAAGUAAGAGGUACCCGCCGGCAAAUACUGCGUACAAUUGCCGACUUCUUCUUGGGUGAUUUUUCUUUCUGAGUGCCUUAUUGGGUAGACUGGAGAUCGACCACAAUCGGCAAAUUCCUGCAUACAAUUGCCCACUUCUGGUAGCCCAUUUUUGCGUCUUCCCUCUUGGGUGAUUUUUCUGUGAGUGUCGACUGCUGUAGACUACAUAGAAUUCAGUAGAGUUAUUCAAUGUCGUACGCGGAGAGUUUCUCUUACCUUCGUACAGAGCGUUGCGUGCGGCCUUUCCUACUUUCAAUUCAAUAACAAAAGUAUUCUACGCAUGCAUACCAACUCCACGCACCAACUCCACAAAACAAACGCCUCCGUCAUCUCUUCUCCGCUCGCACACUUGACAUCGCAUUCAGCCUAAAGCGGAGCGGCGGGGCGCAUCAGCGCACC